GAGAAUAAAGAUUAUAAUGUUUGCAUACAGAAAUUUUUGGUUUUCACAUCUUCUGACACUGGGGCCAGCGAAAGGUUUAAUUAUGAAUUAUGAGCAUUUUUGGACAAGUCUUUUAAAAUGUGUUAAGAAAUUAAAGGUAAGAAGAUAAGUUGUGCGCAUGCGCAGCGGAAAUCGCAGCGGAAGAGGACAAGAGUAACGCUUCAACAAAAGCCUAGCCGGUACAGCUUCUUGAUGAAAAACUGUUUUGUUUAGAAUACUAUUCUGAUACAUUCUGCCCUAAAGAUGCCUUCCCUAGACAUACAUGUUAUGUUUACAUGAAUAAGGGGAAUCAGAGUGAAUAUGAAUAAGAUGGAGACGACGGACUCACCUGUUAUCACGUCUUUACAUCAGAGCGAUAAAAAUGAAAGGCAAUCUGAAAAUAAUUUAGACAGUAUUUCAGAGGUGGAAGAUCUCAUAACUCUCCCAAGAAUGGAAAGAGGUAAAGAGACAAAGCUGAUAGACAGUUCUUCAGAAGACAAUUUAAACCCAAAAUAUCAUCCUGUGGACAUUAAGAAAGAAGAGACUGUUGUGUUUGAUGUAUCAGAAACUGGUAAACCUUCGGAGGACAAUGGCCAUGAAGACUCUGGUGAAUUUGUUGUGGCCAUGUUAGCUCGAGGAAACCUGGAAGAGCAGGGUGUGUGCACAAAGAGAAUUUCAUCCCCUCUCUCAGAAACUCCCCUAGAGGCUUCUUCUCACUGGGACGAGGAUGUGACUGCAGAGAGCUGGAGACAGCACCGGAAGCAUGUUUUUGUUCUGAGUGAGGCCGGGAAGCCCAUCUACUCCCGCUACGGCAGUGAGGAAGCCCUCUCCUCCACCAUGGGUGUCAUGAUGGCUCUGGUGUCCUUCAUUCAGAGUGGGGACAAUAUCAUUCGUUCUGUCUACUCAGAUGAGCAUACAGUGGUCUUCAUGCAGCAGGGGCCUCUGGUGCUUGUCUCUGUCUCUAGCACCCGUCAGUCCGAGCAGCAGCUACGUAAUGAACUGCUUUAUGUCUAUAACCAGAUUGUGAGUAUGCUCACCCAAGCCAGCAUCACCCGCAUCUUUGAGCACAAGAAGAACUAUGACUUGCGCCGAUUGCUAGCUGGCUCAGAGAAGAUCCUAGACGGUUUACUAAACUUGGUUGACUUUGACCCUAGUUUCUUGCUCUCAGCCGUGCACUGUCUACCUAUUGCCUCUUCAUUCAGAGACUCUCUUAGCCAGAUACUUCAGAAAGCCAUCACUCCCAACCUAGUCUUCUCUAUCCUCAUUGCCAAGAAUCAGCUGCUCACCAUUGCGCAGGAGAAGAUGGUGAUUGAGGAUGCUAAGCUGGAUCCCUCUGACCUUCACCUCCUGCUCAAUCUUAUUGGUGCCUCCUCUGCGUUCCAGGCCGGUGAGAUCUGGACCCCAAUCUGCCUGCCCAGCUUUAAUCCUGACUGUUAUUUUUACACCUACAUAUCCUACCUGGACCCACCUGCGUGCACAGUGUGCCUGCUGCUGCUCUCCACGGACAAUGAGGCAUUUUAUGCAGUGGCAGAGUGCAAGAGGAAGAUUGAAGAAGCCAUGCAGGCCCAAAAUGCUUUGACCUCCAUUGCCAAAGCUCAGUCCUACAGUGUUAGUCAGGUGGGAGUGUCUGAUCUCCGUCACUUUAUGUACAAGCCUUUUGAUGUUCCAGACAACCACCAUCAGCUAACACAGUUCACCAGCCCAGAGAUGGAAGCUCCUUACGACAGUGAGGAGGAGAAGAUGAGGCUGCUGGACCUUUACAGAGAUAUGCAUGGCCGCAUACACAGCGCUUCACGCCCUCUUAAACUCAUCUACCGUGUGGCAGCACGAGAGACCCUGCUGGCCUGGGUUACAACCAAAUUUGAGCUGUAUACUUGCUUUAGCCCUCUUGUAACAAAGUCCUGUGCCAUCAACGCUAUUACGAAACUGCUGCGGUGGGUGAAGAAGGAGGAGGACCGUCUCUUUAUACGAUAUCCCCCGAAGUACUCAACCACACCCAAUGCAAGCAAAAGCUGAGAGUGGUGCUCAGUUGAACUCUGCUAAUAAUGAUGUCCUCUGUGUCAGAACUGACAAUCAGCACUCCGUUUCAGAUGGAUAUGGAUCAUGCUGAGCACUAAAUUCUGCCCAGUACCUCAGCAGCACAGGAGAAGUCUUUAUUACUUUUGUUAUUAAUAGUAAUGUUUGAAAUAUUGCAGUCCUAACUUAACAUGUCUUUGGAUGAUGGAAUCAAGUAGGUGCUUGAUUUCUUGAUUUUGUACAAAGAUUAUCGUGAAUCAAAUUAAUCAAACAUUAGGCUCCAUGUUAUCACUUUAAAAUGCUGAUGUUCCUUUAUUAGAACAGGAGCUGAAAAAAUGUGUUCUGUCUCCAUAUUAACAUUAAUUUAAUUUGAAUAAUUAAAUAGCGGCAUUGUCUUAAACCUUUUUCAUGUCAGUGUGUUCUAUAAAAUUGAGCUGUUUGACAGUUGGCUAGUUUGAAUAAAAAAAGAUAUUUUUAAAGAGACACCAGGAGUGGCCACUAGGCUUGUGUAAUAUCAGUGAAUAACAAUAUUAUUGUCCCUACAUGAUAUUAUAUUGCCAGGAUAUCCAGUGAUGUUUAUUGCACAGAGAUUAAAUAGGCCUUAAACGAAGUGUCAGAUCUAACACUUUAAAAUAAUGUUAAUGGUAAGGAUAAUUUAAAAAAGUGAUCAUUUUUUUUUCUUUUUGACUGGCACUUUCCUGCUCAACAUUGAGCUGCAAAAACUGAGAAAAUGUUGGCAGUGUGGAUAUUAGACAACUGAUAUUUAAAAGGAUUACAUUGAAAUGUGUGGUUUUUUUUUUUGGUUUUUUUUUGUUUUUUAGCAGUUUACUGCACAUUACUGCAGAAUCACUUGAAAAUACACCAUCCAGCUGAGUUUUUGUGAUUGCCACAGUUCCAAACUUCAUAGCUGGUAAUAAUAUUAUGCCUCCCCUACUGUUGUUAAACUGGAAAUUGUGGAAAUGCUUGUUUUCCUUUGUUUUUGUUUUUUUUUAGGUUAAAUGGUUCUGGAAGAUUGUGUUUGUCAUGCUACUAUAAAACGAAAAAUCAAGAUCAGGAAAAAUCAACAUAGCACGAGUCUAGUGGCCAACAUUUAAUGUAUUACCCUUGAAUUAACCUGUCUACUCCCAACCAGAUUUCCAAGACAAAAAAAAAAAAAAACAGAUCAAAAUCUCAGUUCUGUAAUUGGUGUUGUA